GAGCGUCUCGUUCAGGUUGCCCAGGAGACGCUCGCAACCCUGAAGGAGCAGCAUGCUUUGGCUACAGCGACCAUGGGCUGCGCACAAAGCGGUGCUGCGCCUUCGCCUUUGGCCACGCUGCCAGCAUCGAAGCGCCAUUCCGUUUCGAUGUCCCGUCCACCGUCUGGCUCGGUCAGUCUCAACCGCUGGGUGCCCCGAAGGUCGGUUCUCGAGGCAGCCGAAGAAGAUGAGCUGCAAGAGCUGCCAGACGACGGAUCGUCGCAAUCCC